GCUCCCGGUCUCUGGCAUCCCCCGCCCCGGACCGCCCGCGCCUUAUCUCGGGGCGGCAGGGCCUCGCCCACACCAAACCUGUGGAGGCCGACCCGGGACGCCGCUGGCUGGCUGAUGGCUCGCUCGACCGUCAUGGAGAUCCUGGGGUCCCUUCUGGUGCUGGAGUUUCUGCUCCUCUCCCCGGCAGAGGCCCAGCAGACCACGGAGCGUCACCUGAAGCCGUGGCUCGUGGGCCUGGCCGCCGUGGUCGGCUUCCUGUUCAUCGUCUAUGUGGUCCUGCUGGCCAACCGCGUCUGGUGCUCCAAAGCCAGGGCUGAGGAGGAGGAGGCCAUGUUCAGAAUGGAGCCCAACCUAUACCAGGACCUGAGUGAAGACAAGAGGGAGAAGAAACAUGCCCAGGGGAAAGAAGAGGAGAGGAAGGAGGAGAAAAAGGCAGCCAAGGAAGGAGAGAGCAACUUGGGACUGGAGCUGGAGGAAAAAGAGCCCCAAGACCAUGAGAGAGCAAAGAACACAGCCAUGUAAAGAUUCCUGGCUGCUUCUUCCAGGCAGUCCCCCAGAGAUGCCUCUUCCGCCCCCUGCAAGCAGCGCCCUGGCGUUGAAGCCAGUGAAAGAACUCCAUCUGGGAUUCAGAAUACAGUGUCCUCAAGUGAAGGAGGCUUGGAUCCCACCCCACCGCCCUCCAUGGGGGCUCUCUGGGCCUCAUGUGGUUUUCAUGCACCCCUCUUCCUGAGCUUGGUCCCUGCCUGGUGAUUCUUCCGAGCUUGGAGAACGUCCCUGGUUGAGGAGACACCGGCAGUCCUCCACAAUCUCAUGGCUCCCCUGCUUCUGCUCACCGCCUGCUUUCUUUUCUCUCUGCCGGAUGUCUGCUGGCCAGAACUUCCCCUUCUCCCAGGCAGCCGCUGUCAGCCAAGGGCUGCCUCCUGAUGGCCUGGAUUAAAUAAUUCCUAAGAGCCCUUUGGAAGGGUUCCUGUCA